AUGGCAGUGGCCUCUGCUUUCGCUUCGAUCAAGUCCGGAGGAAUCCCCGGCCUCUUCUUCCUCGUUGGCCUUCUCUUUACGUGCGCGUGCCGGUCGUUACGUGCGCAGCAGCUCCCGGGCACUUGGGAGGUGGUGCUGGAGGACGCGGGAAUCGCUUCCAUGCACACUGCCGUGACCCGGUUCGGUACCGUGGUCCUCCUCGAUCGCACCGGCAUCGGGGCCUCCCGCCUACGCCUCCCUCGCAGCCGCUGCCGCAUUGACCCCGGCGACAGCCUCCUCCCCCCAGGCGGCAAGGACUGCUCAGCUCAUUCUGCCCUCCUCGAUCCCUCCUCCCGCCGCCUCCGCCCCCUCUCCGUCCUCACCGACACCUGGUGCUCUUCCGGUCAGUUCCUCCCCAAUGGCACCCUCCUCCAGUCCGGCGGCGACCUCGACGGCCUCCGCAAGCUCCGCGCCUUCUCCCCCUGCCCCUUGGCCGGCUCCUGCGACUGGUUGGAGCUCGACUCACCGCUCCUCGCCGACGGUCGAUGGUACGCCACCAACCAGAUCUUACCCGACGGCUCUGUCGUCAUCGUCGGCGGCCGCGCCGCCCCCUCUGUCGAGUUCUACCCGCCGUCCCGCCCCCUCCGCAAUUUCCCCUUCCUCGCCACAGCCGAGGACGCCCAGAUGGACAACCUAUAUCCCUUCGUCCACCUCCUCCCCGACGGCCGCCUCUUCGUCUUUGCUAACGCCCGCUCCAUCCUGUACGACGUCGACUCGGGCGACGUCGUCCGCGUGUACCCGGAGCUCGACGGUGGACCCCGGAACCACGAAAACACUCCCACUUCUGACUGA